AUGGGGAGCGGUGAACAAAAAGAGGAAAAUAAAGGCAGCGGGCGGCGGGGGAAGGAGGAGGGAGCUGAGGGGAUCCCGGCGCGGCGGGAGCAGCAAGAAAUGGAGAUGAUGACUGAGAAACAAAGAGAUACCAGGCAUUUCUGGAACAAUACUCCUGAAAAAAGUGAUUAUGAGGCUGUAGAAGCCCUUAUUUCUAUGAGUUGCAACUGGAAAUCAGACUUGAAAAAGCAUACAGAAAUGAGGCCUAUAACUCCAGCAUCUGACAUGUCAGAAGAGAGUGAUGAGACUUUGCUUCCUGGAGCAGCAGACUUCACUGCAAUCCCAGCAUUUUGCCUGACCCCUCCCUACAGCCCUUCUGACUUUGAGAUGUCCCAUCCAGGGGCAGCGGUGCCCACUUCAGCGCUGGGCAGGUCGCUGGCUGAGGCUGCCAAGCCUCCUCCGGCCACACCUCGAAGAGAGGCAGAGAGGCCUGUGAAAGCUCAAGCCACAAGCGUUAUCCGCCACACAGCUGACGCCCAGCCCUGCAGUCGCAAAACCUGCCCGGUGAGAAUAGCCAGUGUGCUGAAAUACCAGGAUGGUGCUUCGAGGGAAGCAAGCAGCAAACACAGCGCUGAAGCAGAACGUUCCGUGUGUGCUGCCCUGGCACCAAGCAAAGCCAGAGUGGAGAGCAGUGAGCCGCUGGUGGCAGAAGGCAAACCCACAGAACCUGCUGCUGGCCUGGUGCCUGUAGUGAAGCCCUCACUCAGUACACAUCAGCCUGUCCCUGGGUUGGUGCAGCAGGCAGCAGUGGUGGCACCACCGUGCUCUGGUCAAAGCAGCGGAGUUCCCCCUGUGCCAGUGAUUUGCCAGAUGGUCCCAGUGCCCACAAACAACAACGUUGUGACGGCUGUGGUGCCAAACACCACGCCGAGCCAGCAGCCAGCUCUUUGUCAGCCCAUGGUCUUCAUGGGCACUCAAGUUCCCAAAGCUGCUGUUAUGUUUGUUGUGCCCCAGCCAGUUGUGCAGAGCACAAAGGCUCCCAUUAUUAGUCCAAAUGGCACGAGACUCUCUCCCAUUGCCCCUGCUCCCGGCUUCAUACCUUCUGCAGCAAAACCCACUCCUCCAGUGGAUUCUUCAAGAAUAAGAAGUCACGUUUGCAGCUACCCGGGGUGCGGGAAAACGUACUUCAAGAGCUCCCAUUUGAAGGCUCACAUCAGAACACACACAGGAGAAAAGCCGUUUAGCUGCAGCUGGAAAGGCUGUGAGAGGAGGUUUGCCCGGUCUGAUGAACUGUCCCGCCAUCGCAGAACACACACUGGGGAGAAGAAGUUUGCCUGCCCGAUGUGUGAGCGGCGGUUCAUGCGGAGCGACCACUUAACAAAGCAUGCACGGCGCCACUUGUCGGCCAAGAAGCUGCCGAACUGGCAGAUGGAAGUGAGCAAGCUGAACGACAUCGCCCUGCCGGCGGCGGCCGCCACCGCCGCCCACUGA